CAAAGGCAGGAGGAGGGUUUCACUACGGCUGGCGCCGCCGCCUCGCGCGCUCUAGCUCCGCCGCGACUGUCCGGGGGGCUGCUCCUCCCAAGUACCAUGUGUGACGGCGCCCUGCUGCCUCCUUUCGUCCUGCCCUUGCUGCUGCUGCUGGUUUGGGGACUGGACCCGGGCACAGCUGUCGGCGACGCUGCGGCCGACGUGGAAGUUGUGCUCCCGCGGCGGGUGCGACCCGACGACGUGCACCUGCCUCCGCUGUCCGGCAUCCCCGGUCCCCGAAGACGGCGUCGCCCCCGUGCGCCCCCCGCGCGCCCCCCGCCCGGCGAGCGCGCUCUGCUGCUGCACCUGCCGGCCUUUGGGCGCGACCUCUACCUGCAACUGCGCCGCGACCUGCGCUUCCUGUCCCGUGGCUUCGAGGUGGAGGAGGCGGGCACGUCCGGGCGCCGCGGACGCCCCACUGAGCUGUGUUUCUACUCCGGCAGUGUGCUCGGCCACCCAGGCUCCCUGGUCUCGAUCAGCACCUGCGGCGCCGCCGGCGGCCUGGUCGGCCUCAUCCAGCUGGGGCAGGAGCGGGUGCUCAUCCAGCCCCUGAACAACUCCCAGGGCUCGCCCAGCGGACGAGAGCACCUGGUCAGGCGCAGAUGGCCCUCGACGUCCAGCCCCGCCGCCGAGGCCCUGGUACCUGGGCAGCUGUGCCAGGUUCUCACAGAGAAGAAGAAGCCGCGGAAGGGCAGGCCCUCUCGGGACUGGCGAGAGCGGAGGAACGCCAUCCGGCUCACCAACGAGCACACGGUGGAGACGCUGGUGGUGGCCGACGCCGAUAUGGUGCAGUACCACGGGGCCGAGGCCGCCCAGAGGUUCAUCCUCACUGUCAUGAACAUGGUUUACAACAUGUUUCAGCACCACAGCCUCGGAAUUAAAGUCAACAUUCAAGUCACCAAGCUUGUCCUGCUGCGUCAGCGUCCUGCCAAGCUGUCCAUCGGCCACCACGGGGAGCGGUCCCUGGAGAGCUUCUGUCACUGGCAGAACGAGGAAUACGGAGGCGCGAGAUACCUGGGCAACAACCAGGUACCUGGAGGGAAGGACGACACGCCCCCCGUGGACGCCGCUGUGUUUGUGACCAGGACAGAUUUCUGCGUACACAAAGAUGAGCCGUGCGACACCGUCGGAAUUGCCUACUUAGGAGGCGUGUGCAGCGCCAAGAGGAAGUGCGUGCUUGCCGAGGACAACGGGCUCAACCUGGCCUUCACCAUCGCCCAUGAGCUGGGCCACAACUUGGGGAUGAACCACGACGACGACCACUCGUCCUGCGCCGGCAGGUCCCACAUCAUGUCGGGGGAGUGGGUGAAGGGCCGGAACCCCAGCGACCUCUCCUGGUCCUCCUGCAGUCGGGACGACCUUGAAAACUUCCUCAAGUCGAAAGUCAGCACCUGCCUGCUGGUCACGGACCCCAGGAGCCAGCACGCCGUGCGCCUCCCACACAAGCUGCCCGGCAUGCACUACAGCGCCAACGAGCAGUGCCAGAUCCUGUUCGGCACCAACGCCACCUUCUGCAGAAACAUGGAGCAGCAUCUGAUGUGUGCCGGACUGUGGUGCCUGGUGGAAGGGGACGCCUCCUGCAAGACCAAGCUGGACCCUCCCCUGGACGGGACCGAGUGUGGGGCUGACAAGUGGUGCCGAGCGGGGGAGUGUGUGAGCAAGACGCCCAUCCCGGAGCACGUGGACGGAGACUGGAGCCCCUGGGGCUCGUGGAGCAUGUGCAGCCGCACCUGCGGGACCGGAGCCCGCUUCCGGCAGCGGAAAUGCGACAACCCCCCCCCCGGGCCUGGGGGCGCGCACUGCCUGGGCGCCAGCGUGGAGCACGCCGUCUGCGAGAGCCUGCCCUGCCCCAAGGGCCUGCCCAGCUUCCGGGACCAGCAGUGCCAGACGCACGACCGGCUGAGCAGCAAGAAGAAGGGCCUGCUGACCGCGGUGGUGGUUGAUGAUAAGCCGUGUGAACUGUACUGCUCGCCCCUGGGGAAGGAGGCCCCGCUGCUGGUGGCCGACAGGGUCCUGGACGGCACGCCCUGCGGGCCCUACGAGACUGACCUCUGCGUGCACGGCAGGUGCCAGAAAAUUGGCUGUGACGGCAUCAUCGGCUCGGCGGCCAAAGAGGACCGGUGCGGUGUCUGCAGCGGGGACGGCAAGACCUGCCGCGUGGUGAAGGGUGACUUCAGCCACUCUCGGGGCACAGGUUACAUCGAAGCGGCAAUCAUCCCCGCCGGCGCUCGGAGGAUCCGCGUGGUGGAGGACAAACCCGCCCACAGCUUUCUGGCCCUCAAGGACUCCAGCAAGAGGUCCAUCAACAGCGACUGGAAGAUCGAGCUGCCGGGCGAGUUCCAGAUCGCAGGCACGACCGUGCGCUACGUGCGCAGGGGCCUGUGGGAGAAGAUCUCCGCCAAGGGGCCGACCAAGAUCCCGCUGCACCUCAUGGUAUUGUUGUUUCAUGACCAAAACUACGGCAUUCAUUACGAGUACACCAUUCCCGUCAACGGCACUGCCGAGAACCAGAGCGAGCCGGAGAAACCCCAGGACUCUCUGUUCAUCUGGACACACAGCGGCUGGGAGGGCUGCAGCGUGCACUGUGGAGGAGGGGAACGCAGGACCGUCGUGUCCUGCACGCGGAUUGUGAACAAGACCACGACUCUGGUAAAUGACAGCGACUGCCCGUCCGCCAGCCGGCCGGAGCCGCAGGUCCGAAGGUGCAACUCACACCCAUGCCAGUCCCGGUGGGUGGCAGGCCCCUGGAGCCCCUGCUCGGCCACCUGUGAGAAGGGCCUCCAGCAUCGGGAGGUGACCUGCGUGUACCAGCUGCAGAACGGCACGCACGUCGCCACGCGGCCCCUCUACUGCCAGGGCCCCCGGCCGGCGCCCGUGCAGAGCUGCGAAGGCCAGGACUGCCUGUCCAUCUGGGAGGCGUCGGAGUGGUCCCAGUGCUCUGCCGGCUGCGGGAAAGGGACGAAGAGGCGCACGGUGACCUGCACCAACUCCCAAGGGAAGUGUGACGCGUCCACCAGGCCGAAGGCGGAGGAGCUGUGCGAGGACUACUCUGGCUGCUACGAGUGGAGGACUGGGGACUGGUCCAAGUGCUCGUCCACCUGUGGGAAGGGGCUGCAGUCCCGCGUGGUGCAGUGCAUGCACAAGGUCACCGGCCGGCACGGCAGCGAGUGCCCGGCGCUCUCGAAGCCCGCCGCCUACCGCCAGUGCCACCAGGAGGUCUGCAACGACAAGAUCAACGUGAACACCAUCACCUCCCCCCGCCUCGCUGCUCUGACCUACAAAUGCACGCGCGACCAGUGGACCGUGUACUGCCGGGUCAUCCGGGAGAAGAACCUGUGCCAGGACAUGCGGUGGUACCAGCGCUGCUGCCAGACCUGCAGGGACUUCUACGCCAACAAGCUGCGCCGGCCGCCGCCGCCCCCGCCCCCGCCAAGCUCAUGACACGCGCCCCGCGGUCCUGUGACGCUCCCACGAGAGGUCCCAGUGCGGGCCUCAGGGCCCGCUGAGAGCCCACACCCCUCCGAGCGCACGCUGCCCUGCAGCCGGGACCUCCCAGGCACCGCGCCAUGCUCCCACGGGCCAUCCCGAACCCCCGGAGAACUGGAGUGUGGAUGUGACGUUUGCCCUUCGGGCGCUUAUUCUUAAUAU